GGCACCCAUCCACUCUCUGUUCCGAGGAUGGUAUCUCAUGUCCUCCGACUCGGACUCCUCGCGUCCCAGGCAUGCAGUCUCAAGGCCUCAAGCUCAAGGCCUCAAGCACGAAUCUCGCUCACGAUUCCAACGCGUCCUUACACAACAAGGCUGGGUCCAUAUCAUUCCAACGGAAUUUAUUGAAUCACGGCGAAUUGGACCCGACCUGGUGCAAUUUUUUGGGGUACCGAUGUCUUUUGCAACUCCCACCUCUGGUUUUUGUUCAUGCGCUACAUAGUAGGCAAAGACCAGGCAUCCGACGCGGAGAAUAAAUUCCUAGGAAAAGAUUAGGCAUCCGACACGGAAAAUACCCCCGCCGCGUAAUUAGUAAUUCUCGCCCGGUUCGACUCGUAAUUAUCGGUACGCGGUACUGGACUUGGCACUGGAUUAUAAGAACCGGAUUUAUCUCUCCAUGUACACCUAUAUCCAUCUUGUCACUGCGCUAUACAGCACAAGAACCUCAACUGUCGUCGCCCAUGCCGGGCGGCUACCACGAAACGCGCCGCCGCUUCCGACUAACUUUGCAAUGCGAACCUGAACCAUUCAAGAACCUGGUGAAGCAGUAUAUGUCUCUCCCUCUACGCCUUCUCCCACUAUCUUCGUAUAUCGCAAGCUUUACGCGUGGUUUAGUCAUUGCGAUCGCAAGUUUUAUCCUUGCUUCCGUAGGCUUGAUUCUGAGCGUUGGCAGCCUGUUUCUCGUAGGAUAUCAUCCGCCCCCUCCGAGAGUUUCACCCAAUGCCUCUCGAUCACCCUUGUCAUCAAAGCCUGCGGAAUUACUAGACGAGAAAGAGAGCAACAGCUCCGCAGAAAGUGUCCUGGGGCUCUUGCUCAAUGAGGACAAGGCCUCACCACCACCACCACCACCACCACCUCGCCGCACACUCGAACGGCGGUUGCCCUUAGGGAAACCUUCGCUAUCUGUCCCGAGUACUCGCACCAGUUUAACCUCUUUGCGGUCUCUCUUGAGGAGCCACAGAAGGGCCAAGUCUUUGUCCUCGAUUGAUUCUGCGCCUACUCAUGUGAACCGUGUUCAUUUUCAUUGUCGUAUAAACAGUUUGAAAACACACAAAAAGAAAAGCGAAAGUACCAGUCCACCUCGUCCUCGAACACAACCAUAUGGCGCUCCUUUCUUUUUACCGACACCUGACACUAUAUAUGUCCCCAGACGCUCUGUCAAUCCCACAUCGGUUCCUUCGACUUAGGCGAUCCUGACGAACACACCCUUUUGUGAAUUGUAGCUUAACGAGUUAUUUAUCAUAGUAUUCACUCUCGUACCAUAGACCUCGACUACCUACAAGAAGUUCUCUGUAGGGUUAUCGAGCAUUACAGUAAAUGUAAAUUGUACUUCAUCAUACAGUCCUUUUUUACUUGA